GCGGCCGGGAGCGGGCCUGGGGAGGCCGAAGGGUUCCGCAACACGGAGGCCGGGAGACUCUGGGCCGCGCGGGAGCCGGAGGGGCGCCCCGGCCUCCGCGGGGACGAUGGCGGAGGAAGAAGGUGACCUCCCCGGAGUCCAGCGCGCCUACUGUCGCCCGAGGACCAACUAUAGAACUGCGCCAAAGAAAAAAGCCAAAGUCUUCAGAAAAUAAAGAAUCUGCCAAAGAAGAGAAAAUCAACAAUACUGCAAUUCCUGAAAGAGUUCCAAAACAUAUAUUAUUUCAGCGCUUUGCAAAGAUAUUCAUUGGCUGUCUUGCAGCAGUUACUAGUGGUAUGAUGUAUGCUCUCUAUUUAUCAGCAUACCAUGAACGGAAAUUCUGGUUUUCCAACAGGCAGGAGCUUGAACGGGAAAUCACAUUUCAGGGUGAUAGUGCCAUUUAUUAUUCUUAUUAUAAGGAUAUGUUAAAGGCACCUUCAUUUGAAAGAGGUGUAUACGAACUGACACACAAUAACAAAACUGUAUCUCUGAAGACUAUAAAUGCAGUGCAGCAAAUGUCUCUAUAUCCAGAACUUAUUGCCAGCGUUUUAUAUCAAGCAACUGGUAGCAAUGAGAUUAUUGAGCCAGUAUAUUUCUAUAUUGGCAUUGUUUUUGGAUUGCAAGGAAUAUAUGUCACUGCUUUAUUUGUUACAAGUUGGCUUAUGAGUGGAACUUGGCUAGCAGGAAUGCUAACUGUUGCAUGGUUCAUUAUUAACAGGGUAGAUACGACAAGAAUUGAAUACUCCAUUCCUUUAAGAGAAAACUGGGCACUACCAUAUUUUGCAUGCCAAGUUGCUGCACUUACAGGCUAUUUAAAAAGCAACUUAAAUUCUUAUGGAGAGUUGAAGAAUAUUAAUGAAGAUAUAAAGAGUGACUACAAGGGACAACAAUGGUUUUGCUACUUGUUGAUGAGUGCUUCAACUUACACAUUUAUGAUGAUGUGGGAGUACAGCCACUAUCUCUUGUUUCUUCAAGCAAUAUCUCUAUUCUUGCUAGAUAGUUUUUCACUGGAGCAAAGUGACAAGGUUCAUGAAGUUUAUAAAAUCUAUAUAUUUUCUCUCUUUCUGGGAUAUUUACUGCAGUUUGAGAAUUCAGCUUUAUUGGUAUCUCCUUUAUUAAGUUUUGUAAUAGCCUUAAUGCUUGCUAAGUGCCUUCAGCUGAAUGUGAAGAAAGGAACUUUCGUGGCUAAAAUAAUGAAAGUGAUUAACUUUUACUUGGUGUGUACUCUGACAGUGACAUUGAAUAUUGUAAUGAAAAUGUUUGUCCCACACAAAGAAAAUGGACAUAUGCUGAAAUUCCUUGAAGUAAAAUUUGGACUAAAUAUGACUAAGAAUUUUACAAUGAAUUGGCUCCUAUGUCAAGAAUCCCUUCAGGCACCAUCUCAAGAAUUUUUUUUGCGAUUGACACAGUCUUCUUUAUUACCUUUCUAUAUUUUAGUGUUAAUUACUUGUUUUUUUUCUGUGAUUCAAGUUAUUUUUAGGAGAAUUAAUAGUGGUAAGUCCCUGAAAGAAACUAUUACGCUUGAAGAUGGACAAAUUGGAGAAAGGCCAGAAAUAAUUUAUCACGUGAUUCACACUAUUUUAUUGGGCUCUCUUGCAAUGAUUAUAGAAGGCUUGAAAUACCUCUGGACUCCUUAUGUGUGCAUGUUAGCAGCAUUUGGUGUAUGUUCUCCUGAACUUUGGAUGACACUUUUCAAGUGGCUUCGAUUACGAACUGUACACCCAGUAUUGUUGGCUCUCAUUCUGAGCAUGGCUGUCCCUACUAUAAUAGGUCUCAGCUUAUGGAAAGAGUUUUUUCCAAGAUUAAUGACAGAAUUAAUGGAACUACAAGAAUUUUAUGACCCAGAUACGGUGGAACUUAUGACCUGGAUAAAAAGGCAAGCUCCAGUUGCAGCUGUUUUUGCAGGAAGUCCACAGUUAAUGGGUGUGAUUAAAUUAUGCACUGGAUGGAUGGUGACAAGCUUGCCUCUUUACAAUGAUGAUGAUCUUCUCAAGAGAAAUGAAAAUAUCUAUCAAAUCUAUUCAAAGCGACCUGCUGAGGAUAUUUAUAAAAUACUGACAUCCUACAAGGCUAAUUACCUAAUUGUAGAAGAUGCUAUUUGCAAUGAGGUGGGAACCAUGAGAGGCUGUAGGGUUAAAGAUUUAUUAGACAUUGCAAAUGGCCACGCGGUUUGUGAAGAAGGUGACAAGAUAACCUACUCAAAACAUGGAAGAUUUUGUCGUGAGGUCAAAAUUAACUAUUCUCCUUAUGUGAAUUAUUUCACUAGAGUAUACUGGAACAGAUCCUACUUUGUAUAUAAAAUCAACACUGUGAUAUCCUUUCAGUCUUGAAAAAUAGCAGAGCCUUCAUUUCAAAGACUUAUACCGCCUGAAGUAAAAUGCAAUUUUCUUCUGCCUACGUAGCGUCUUUUGGAAAUCAGAGUAUGGACAUUUGAAAUGUUGCUGCUGCUUUUCCCCUCCUGCUGUUAACUGGAUCUAGAAUUCUGUGGGGGAAAGAAGAUCAAACAUUACUGUCCUUUGGUAAAAUGUCAAAUCUGCCACUCUGCAUCAUUCCAGCCAGGUGUUUUCCUUAUUGCUACAUGGUCUUUAAAGAUUUUACCUUCUAAACUGUUGUUAAAUUUUCCUCAUAAAUCUUCAUUCCAUCCUAACAUUAGUCUUGAAUUUGAAUAUAUUCGAGGUCAGAGUAUAUAUCUCAAGUAUAACAUUUAAUAAAUACUUAAUGUGAUAUGAUUAUAGAAUAGAAGGAAAGAAUUAUUCUUUCCCUCAAGGCAGUUUCUGAAGGUAUUUCAUGGUGUAUAAUAGAACUGAAAUAUUAAAGUAAAAAACUAAUUUAAAUGUUCACUGAAAAUUUGUGGCAUUUAAAUUAAAAUGGAAGUUAUAUAAAGGAAAGUGAUUUUUAAGGAUAUACAUAAAGAUAUAUCCAGAUUUUCCAUGAUACUGCUCUCCUCAUCUGCUGCUUAUGUAAAUGAGCACUUUCGUAGUAAUAUACAGUGUAUGAUAUGGCAUUUCAUCACUUUAUGACUAUUAAGUGGUUAGUUUUUUCACUUAUGCCCAUAAAUUUAAUCAUGAUAAAACAGUAACUCUUGUUACCUAUGUAUUUUUUAAAACAGACAUUUAAAAGACUGUUCAAAAUUUAAAAAUAAGAAAAAAAUAAAAGAAUGUUAUUUAGGUUUUUAAAAAAUAUGGAUAUGGAGUAUAUAAUCUAUUCACGUGUUUUCUAUUGAAGUAUUAAGUAAAAAAUUAAAUAUCAGAAUGAGAAUAUGAGCAACUAAAAAGAGCAACAAUUUCUGGAGAUAUGUGCAGAUGCUGUUUAACAUACCUCUGCAUAGAGGUGUAUUUAUGAUAAAACACAAGUGCUAUUAUUUAUGAAAUGAUGAUACAAUCUUCAACAUUAAGAACAAAAUGACAAUUAUAACAAAAUUCAGAGCGUAGUUCCACAAUCUGUUAUGUUCCUUUAAGUUAAAUGUUUUCAUAUUUUUAAUUAUUAAUUAAAAGAAAUUCUAAAUGAUUAAUUUGGCCUUAUAAAGAGAUUCAGAAUGGAUGUAUCAUCUUAAUAAGGUGGGAUACAUGUUCAGUUUUACCUUAUACACCUGUUAAGUGAACAGAUUUAAAAAUUUUCACUUGUUAGAGUGCUGUAAAAAUUGCAAUUUCAUCACUCUAAAUUACUACAUUAGAAAGGAACAUCUUUCCAUUUUCUUUAUUUUCUGUAAUAUAUAUUUUAAAAGUACAAAAGCACAUGCAUUCUUAGAUUAGCUCUAAGAUGUUUUGUUCUUUUGGAGCUUAAGAAUUGUUUGAUGGCAGUGUCAUAUGUCUGGUGCAUUAGUUUUAUUGGUUCUCAUUUUCACGUUUUUAUAUAACUUUUAACAAUUAUAUUAAGAUAGCUACAGGCAGGUUAUUUCAGGUUCUCUGUACAUCUUAAUAGUGAGUCACUAGUAUUUAGCUUCAAGCCUUACGAAAAUAUUACCAUAGUUACCUAAGUACACAGUGAAUAGUCACAUGGUAGUACUUAAAAUUAGAGGGAGCAUGUAAAACAGUGUAAUUUAAAAGCUUGCAUAUUUUGAAAGGGAAAUAGAACAACCUACUUUCUACAUAGCACGAAAUAGUUAAUUGAAUUUUUAUUGAUUUACUUUAUGAUCAAAUAGGCUGAAUUAGUUUUGAUUGUUGUAUGUUUUUUGUUUUUGUUUUUGACAUAUUAGUAAGUUGCUUUUGCUUCUGUCAACUUAUUUCUUAAAUAAAAUAGGUUUGGAUCCGUUUUUAAUUGAAUUUUUUAAAUAAUGAAUUUUUCACUCUGCAUCAGUUGAAAAGAAAAAUGUGAACUUUAUUAUAGAAAUAACAAUACUGGGUAUGAAAGAUAAGCUUAUUUGCUUCUAUUUUAGCUGUAGUUAAAACAAUAGUGCUAGAAAACUUUGAGGAGCAUUUAAUUAAUUUCCUUAUUUGUAGAGUAGCAAAUGAUUAAGAAUUCUGCAAGUAAUUCCAUUUGGGUAACUUAACCGUUGUUAGGUAUGACAAUAAAAAUCUACUGUGAAAGGGGCAAAGUUUAUGGGUUUGGGGUAGAAGGAAUUUCUCAAAGAAAUACAAAACAUAAAUACUUUGCCCUUGAUGUUGCAAAACUAUUGAAAUAAGUGCCUUAAUAAGGAGGUUAAAAUAAGAAGGUUAAAAGUAAAUAAAAGUUUACGUUUUAUUUUCAAAAAAAUUAUCCAUUUCUUACUUUUUCAUAAGAAAAGUUUGGUAACUUUUUCCUCAUCAUUAAGCACAGAGAAAGAAUUCUCACCAGGCUAUUUUCACUAUUUAAUUCAUUGGUAGGCAAAUCUUUGUUAAGGGUAGUGAUGGGAUUUCUAACCUGCUAAAUUAAUUUAUUUAGCUUCUCAAAUGCCAAACAACUGAACAAGUAAAACUUACUUGAUAAGGUGUAUGAUAUUGACUCUGCUGGUUUACAUUUUCUCUAACUUUGGCAUCUGUGUCUCGGUGCUUUUUGUUAGACUGGUAGGGUUUUACAGCCUAUGGAGUAUGCAUUGCACUUCUAAAUUUUUUUCUUCAUUACUUUCUGAGUAUAUACACAGCAUGUUUUUUCAGGACAUUAACCCAAAUUGCUAAAAGCCUAAUGUUAUUACACUCUUCCGUACAGUCCAGAUUGAUUCAAGGAAAAGUAGAAAUGGAGGUCAAAAGUGUGCUACAAGUUGGGGCUGAAAAAUAUGCUUUAAAAAAAUAGGCUGUUAAUUUCUUGAAAGGAACAGUGAAUAGCCAUCUUAUUAAACUUUGUUGUUUUGGGGAAAUCAGUUGUUUUUUGGCCCUUUCUAUUUUUGAACUGUUAAAACAUUUUGUUGCCUUUUGUGGGCAAAAGUAGUGUCUC